AUGACGAUUUUAAAUAUCUUAAGUUUGCUGGCUCUUUUGUUAGUCGCCUGCGCAGCUAAUGAAUCGGGUUUAACCCUCAAUCGAACCCGACGCCUGUCCAAUCCCCUGUUGAACGAAGAUACCCUCCACCUGGGCAAAUACAUAGUGUCUAUAAGGACCAGAACCGUCCACUAUUUCUACGGAGAAAAUCACUUUUGUGGAGGCGUCAUCAUUGCGCCACAGUUCGUUUUGACAUCCGCACAUUGUGUUAUUAACAAAAGCUCGAGGGUUCUGUAUCCCGCCCGUAUUUUACUCGUUGUGGCCGGAACACCCGAUAGGCUCAGAUACCAAUCGGGCAUCAGUUUUCACUCGGAGGUGAAGAAAAUUUUCGUGCCGGACAACUUUACGCUUCGCAAUGAGCAGGAUCUAGCAAUCUUGCGAUUAAAGAAUCAGAUUCCCAGAGAUACAGACCACAUCGGCAUUGCCAGGUUGCCUUAUCGUCGCGUCGAAGCGGGUACCAUAUGCAAGGUCAUGGGCUGGGGUCGACUCUACGAAGACGGACCGAUUAGUGCAAGACUGCUACAUAUCAGCAUCAUGAUCGCAGACCCAAUAACAUGUUUAGAAAUGUUGGGAAUAAAAAAAGAGGAUUUACUGUGCGGCUCGGAUGAAAACCCCGACCUAGCCCAACUUCCGUGCCCCGGUGACCGUGGUGAUCCGUUGAUGCAGGGUGACAUUGUCUACGGGAUCGUGAGUUACCUUGUGAAAUGCGAUGACAACAUUCUGCCAUCCGUUUAUACAGAAGUGUUCCACAGCAUUGAAUGGAUCCGAUGGAUACUAUCGACUAACGUUAGCAAUGUUUAUCAAGUUUCACUCUUUUUAGUUUAUGGUGGCGUAGUAUUAAAUUUUUUGUUAAUCUAAUAAUGUAAGGUAAAGCCAUUUGCUUUCAUAUGUGAUUUGUAAAUGAU